GUGCUGGUCAAAGGUACAGUUUCCCUUCUAGUGUUCUGUGCUACCAGUGUAUUGGUGUUCUGUCGUGCUACUACCGCAGACCGAGAGUUUUGACGCGUGCGAUGUCGGAAAGAUGCGCCUUCUGCAGCAACGUUUUCUUGGAUGUUCAUAUACUGUGCGUCGAGUGUGAUCCUAAAGUGACCGUCUGCAUUCGGUGCUUCUCCAGAGGCGUCGAGUCACUGAUGCACAAGAAUGACCAUCAAUACAGUGUUGUGACAACUGAGUUCCCCUUGCUGUGCAAAACGUGGACUGCUGCGGAAGAGUUGAAGCUCCUGGAUGCUCUCUUGGAAUGUGGCAUUGGAAACUGGAGCGACAUUGCAAAACACGUGGCUUCAAAGUCGGCUAAGGAAUGCGAGUCUCACUACCUGCAACACUACAUCUAUGCUCCACAAGGACUUCUGAAAGGUAUUGCGUCUGAGCCCAGCAGCAUCGGCAGCUGCCAGCUUGCUCCUGUGCCCUACAGAGUGUUGGGGGACCCACCACGGCCUCUGCUGUGCUCCCAACAACAGGCUGACAUGGCUGGUUACAUGGCGGCCAGGGGUGACUUUGCCCACGAGUUUGACAACUUUGCAGAAAUGGAUAUGGCUGACGUGGAUUUCCAGCAUCGUGCAGACACCCUGGAUAGAGAGCUCCAGCUAGCAGUGGUGUCAAUUUACCAGGAUCGGCUGCGAGAGCGUGCCCGAAGGAAGUGGCUGGUGCGCAGGCACGGCCUCAUCCAUCCCCAUAAGACGCGCCAGAACUGGUGCCGAUACAGCACCACACUCGGGGAGGCCACCACUGCCCUGCUGGCUCGCUUCAUGCAGCUUCUUUUGCCUGAUGACUUUGACUUCCUUUGCGAGGGGCUGCACAGUGAGCGGCUGUUGUGCCAGCAGGUGCAGCUGCUGCAAGAGUCUCGUAGGGCGGGGCUGGUGCGUCUGGACAGUAUAACGCUGUUCAAGCAGUGCCGUCGCUGGAGGACUGCCCACCGCCCCAAGCACACUGCCUUCAGCGAGCUGUUGGCGCAUGUAAAGAACCAAGUGUCCACCCAAGUUUGGCUCCACAAGCAGCUGGUCAAAGAUGCCUCUGUGGAUGCAUCGUCUUCGAAAGCCAUUGGACGACGCAAGGCCCCGCCACUUGAAAUUGAAGGCAUGCCUGGCUAUGAGAAGCUAAACAUCCGUGAGCGAGAGCUCUGUGCAGAUCUCCGCAUCAUGCCAGAGAUGUACCUCCACUUCAAGGAACUGCUGAUCAAUGAAUACGAGAAGCUGGGCUCACUGCGCCUUGCCAAUGCUCGAGCAAUCAUCAAGAUUGACGUCAACAAGACAAGGAAGCUCUACGACUUUCUUCUGGCUGAAGGCGUUAUCAAAAAAGAAAUUUGUUAAUUCAGAAGGGCUCUAGUUUGUUGUGGAGUGUGACCCUUGUUUAGGCACGAUAUUGUUUGAGGCUUCAUUUCGAUCAAUGAGAGUUCAACCAGUCGUACUGAAAAAAAAAAAGCUGGGGGCGGGGGUGGAAGACGGACAAAUUCUGCAGAGACAGGACACGAAAGGAGGCUGCGGAAUCAUUCCAGGGCCACAGUGGCCGUGUUUCUUUGGAAGUGGAAUGUUAGAAUUCUGUUUAUUUUGCGAUGGUUUGCUCAUGAAAGGGGACCUGCGACACAAAUAAACGUGUCGGUUUCAUCGCUUCUUAAACAGUGUAACGCACUGAUAUCCUCGUGCAAGUAGCAACGCCAAAAAUAAAGCAGUUAUAAUUUUAUUUCUACGAAUGAACCUCACUGGUUGGAUAGACGGAUGCUAUAAGCGUCCCCUUUAUGACAGGGCGGUGAAAAGUGUCAUCUGGCUCAACAAAUGAAGGAAAAAAAAGUUUUUUUCCUUUUGAAUUUGGCCUAAUGCCUUAAUUGUCUAUUGUGAUGAAGUCUAACCAUCUCUUACUUAGUUCUGUCAUGGGCAUGUUCAGCUUUGCAUUGUCAUCCAUAAAACCCUAGGCUUCAUGUUGGCUUGUGCCAAAGCGUGCGUCUGAGUGUAUAUCUCCACAUUCAAUCAGAACAUGCUCCGUUUUUUUCUUAUCUUGUCCCCCAAAUAUGCAUUGUUCUUCUUUACAAAAUUUUGCUUUAUAGCUGCGUAUUCUAGGGCAACCUGCCCUCGCUUGAAACAUUAAAGUUCUUUGACUUGAAUGCCUCAAUCCUUAUUACAUUACAUUUUUGCCUGUUUGGUAGUUACUCAGAGCCAUUUUGUUCCUCUGUUGGCGCCAUCAAGCAAAUUUUCUCGGCCUCUCUGGCUUUUAGUUUAACGCUCUUUGUUGCCAUACUGCUUACACUGCCUGCCGUAUAUUUACUAGUAAACUUUUUUUUCUCCACUGUGUGUCAACGCUGUUCCUAUACAAAUAACGGAACACUUUCUCUGCCCAUCUAAUCUCUUUCCAUGGUUUAGCAUCUCUUCAAACCUUAUUUUGCAUGUCUAUGCAAAACAACACUACUGUUUCUGAAGCUAUUGAGCUUGUCUUGAGAAAAGUAGUGGCUUUAGAUGAAAGCAUUCAUGAGCAUAUUUUUAUCAAUGAGCAUGUUCUUAUGUGUGAUGCUUGGAACACCCACAUUCAUAUUUCACGCAAGGAAAGGGGUCGAACUCUACCUAUGCAUGACAAUCCUCACAUGAAUAAAAUAAAUCGGAAAAUGAGUGCCGAGAAUGUGGGGUCUGCUCUCAUGAGUAUGCUUCUUUUUAAAAGCCAGCUAAACCCUUAGUGGGUGUGUAUGCUUGCGAGGAAAACACCAAAAAGAAACAGAAUAAAGUAGACUGUAUUCUUGUCUGCC